AUGCGGGACCGCUGCUCCCAACGGCGGUGCCACCCGCCUGCUGGGGGGCUCCCUGCCCGCCCCAUCUUGCCGGUGCCCUGGGCUGGGGCCAGGACCCCCAUCCCCACACUGGGGCUACCCUUGUCCCUCGUUCCCGCAGGACUGGGGCCGGACUCCCGCACACAGCAGAGCCCCGCAGCCGUGGAGGAAGACUUCCAGAAAAAGAUCUCGGACUCUGGGAGAGCUCUCAAAGACAGGAAGCUCCUUCGCCAGAGGAUCCACUCCUUGCCGCAGUGGCAGCUGGAAGGCAGCCCGGUCCUGAAGGACAUCACCCAGCUCCAGGAGCGCAGGGACAGAGGGCGGCGGCGCCAGAGGGAUCCCAGGGAUGAGGAGGGCUUUGUCGCCAAGAAGCUGCAGAGGCUGGGCCAGCGGAGCCAGCUGCUCACCGGCCAUGGGGCUGCCAGGAGGGACUCCCUUGCCAAAAGCCCCUGCAGUGCACCAGAGCUGCUGUCCCCCCAGCUGCUGCCCUGGCAGAGUGAUGCCACUGUGCCCCAGGCGAUGCAGAAGCUUGUGAGCACACCAGGGAUGAAGAAGGAGAAAGCAAAGCUGCGUCUGGGGAAGCACAUCCUGUGCCAGCAGCUCUUCUGCUCGCCCUCAGAGCUCUUCAGUGCCCCUAGACCCAUCAUGAAGAGGAGACAGCCCUUGGAGAGGGACGCUCCUGUCAAGGCCAAGCAGCAGAAGAGGGUGGCUGGCAGCCCUAAGCAGGUGGCAUUGGUGGAGCUGGGAGUGUGCCUGAAGCCUUCCAUGUCUGCCCAGCUGGAGGAGAUCGAGAACCUGCUGGCCAACGAUGACCAGGAGCUUAUUGGGGACUUCUCCAAGCCUUACCUCCUGCCGACGGUGGAGGGGAAGGACCCGGGUCUGAAAUACAUCUCUCCUGACACGCUGGUGGCGGUGCUGACGGGGCAGUUCUGCAGCUCCAUCCAGAGCAGCAUCGUCGUGGAUUGCCGCUACCCCUAUGAGUAUGAGGGGGGCCACAUCAAGGGUGCUGUCAACCUGCCGCUGCAGCGGGACGUGGAGGAAUUCCUGCUGGCGCAGCCCAUUGUGCCCCUGGACGCCAGCAAGAGGGUGAUCAUCAUCUUCCACUGUGAAUUCUCGGCUGAGCGGGGGCCCAAAAUGUGCAAGUUCCUGCGGCAGAGGGAUCGGUCCUGCCACGAGUACCCUCAGCUGCACUACCCCGAGCUCUACGUCUUGAAGGGAGGGUACCGUGAGUUCUUCUUCCAGUUCUCGAGCCACUGCGAGCCCCAGAGCUAUCGGCCCAUGGAGCACCCGGCCUUCAAGGAGCAGCUGCGCAAGUUCCGCGGGCAGAUCCGACGCGCUCGGCGGGCGCUCCUCAUCCGUUAGCGGCACCCGUGAGCGCUCAGGGGUCCCACAGCCCCACCAGGGGAACACUGGAGGUGGGAUUGUAUUUAGUAUUUUAGGUAUUUAGUGUUAAGAUUAGGUUUGCGUUUGCUUAUUGUUAUGACUUUGUUUUUUUCUAUUAUUGUAAAUAUUUUUGUUUGCUUAUCAUUAU